CUACACUGGACCGUCAGUCGGGACUCGGGAGACGGCUGGCGAUCGGAUCUGCCCAUGUGAUUGUAAACAAGUUGUUUUGAGGUUACGUUACGCAUUUCUCUCGGCGUUCGACGUUGUUUUUCUUGUAAUUGUGCAUUUUGUGGAAUCAUGGAGGAAAAUUCUCCACCUAAAUCAGAAGAUAAACCUUUUUCUGUACUGGCAAGAUUCAGGCAGUUGAAAAAGGAAAAAGAACACACACCAACUACAACUUCUGCUGAAAAUGAUACAUUACCAACAACUUCAGGAACUGUAUUCCAGACAUCUAAAGGUUCAAACAACAACUCAUCAGAAAGAGAAUUUGAGAAAAGAGAUGGUGUUAUCAAUGAGAGGAGAACAUUUCGUGGGAAACGCAGUCUGCAUGAGAAUUCAGUAAAGCCUGAUAAUCGCCUUCCUGGGGACCUGCAUCUUAGUCAACACGAGUCAGAUGUUGGUAUCACCGAGUUUAUCAGAGAUGGUCCUGGGUUUGAAGUAAUUAUAAAACACAGGUAUACAGACUUCCAGGUUAACGAAAUAGAUUUAAGUGGAAAUGUUGUAAAGCUCACUUCAACUGAUUUGCUGGGAGUAAACAGUGUAUCAGAGACUCUGAGUGAAGAGGAGGACCCAACAAUCAUGAGUCCUGAGCAGUGGGCUGCUUUGAAAGAAGUUUCUGAAAAAAGUUUACCUACUACUGUUAAUAUUGAUGUGACAAACUUGGACAAGGACCAGCGCCAGCGGAUCCACAAAGCUGUCAAGAGAAGGUUUGGUACACGUGUUUACAGUAAUACCAAAGAGAUUGAUGGCAAGAAAGUAAUGCUAAUAGGCCAUGCUUCUGGAGAUUCCAAUCAUAGAUUUUGCAGUUGGCCUAAAGAGAGACCAGAAUACCUCCAUUUUGUUAUGUACAAGGAAAACAUAGAAAUGAGUGAAGUUGUAACUGUAUUGAGUAGAUAUACAAGAUUCAAGCCCAACCGAUUUGGGUAUGCGGGUAACAAAGACAAACGAGCUGUGACGACACAGCAGAUGUGUGUGAGAAGAGGAGACUGUCAGAGGUUCACCAGCUGCAAAAAUCUUAGAGCAAUUGCUGUUGGUAAUUAUUCCUACAAGUGGGAAAAUUUGCGGCUUGGAGACCUGAACGGAAACAGAUUCAAAAUAGUUCUCAGGCAUAUUAAAGCCAGUGACUCAGUAAUAGAGGAAGCAGUGCACCAAUUUAAGACAACUGGCUUCAUCAACUAUUUUGGUCUCCAAAGAUUUGGCCAAUCAGCCUUAGUUCCUACAUACACUAUCGGGAAAGCCAUUCUCAAAAAUGACUGGAAGUUGGCCGUAGAGCUCAUUUUGAAGCCACGUCCAGGUGAGUCCUGCUAUAGAGACGUGAAGGAGGCAAGAGAUACCUGGUGGAAGACUAGAGAUGCCUCUGAUGCACUGAAACCUCUCACAAGAAAAGACAAAACUAUUGAAGGCAAAAUUCUUGUGGGUCUCAAAAAACAUGGCCCUAAUGCUUACCAGAAUGCCUUUGACAAUCUUCCACGACACACAGUGACAUUAUACUUGCAUUCAUACCAGAGUCUGAUCUGGAACAAGAUAGUGUCUCGGAGAAUCAAACAGUAUGGACUGAAGGUAUUGCCAGGUGACUUGGUCAGAGCUGAUCCAGAGCUGAGCAAAGAUGAGGAUCCUGUGGAGGCUGAUGGAAAAGAUGACAGUGAAGAGGAAGAGGAAAAAAGAGAUCUGAGUGAAUUUGAAAGUGGAUAUUCAUCUAAAGUAAAAGUGCGGCCACUCACAGCACAAGAAGCUGAGACUGCAAAUAUAAUGGAUGUGAUGUACCCUCUGCCAGGAGAUGACAUCAGACUGCCAGACAAUGAAGUGGGCUCUUGGUAUGCUGAACUACUCCAGGAAGAUGGAAAUUCCAUGGAUUGCUUCCGGAAAGUCAACAAAAAAUACGGGAUGCACGGUUCGUACCGCACCAUGUUAGAGAGGGCGGAAGAUGUCAGCUGGCAGACUGUGAGGUACUCGGAUCACGACGAGGAUAUUAUUCAGUCUGACUUUGAAAUCAUGAAUGGAAAGGCUCCUCCCAGACAAGAUCCAGAGGGUCCUUACAAAGCUUUGAUAAUAGAGUUCAACUUGAAAGUUUGUUCCUACGCUACAAUGGCUUUAAGGGAAUUGGCAAAAUGUGAAACUUCGACCAGCAGCCAAGCCAUGCUGACUAAGCAGGCGAGGCAAGAGGAUAUGGCAAAGAAAAGACAAAAGCUGGAUAAAGAUGAAGGACAGAGUCAGGAAAUGGAAGUGGAAACUGUGGUGGUUGAGAAUCACACCAGUUCCAAAACUGUAGAACAGUGCCCAAAAAGUGUUAUGGAAACAGAGGAAAUAAGUACAGAGUCUCAAAGAGACGAUGAUGACCGCAGAACUCGCGAGUUAAAAGAAAUUACCAUGCGAGAAGCUGUGGGAGAUAAUCUUAUUAAUAAGUACAUCGAGAGUGACUAUCAUUUAAGUGUAAUAUAGAACUGACAUGCUAAUAUAAUUGUGUUGGCUUGAUGGUUAAAUAUAUUUAUUUAUUGUA